AGCUUCUUCCCCUCUCUUUUCCUUUCCAGGCUGCCGCACUUAAGAAGCCCACGGUACAGAAACCGCAUUAUCAUCCCGUCUCGACGUUUGACACCUCCAACGAAUUCUUUUUGCUUCUCCUCGCUCCUCUCCUGUCGGUAUUGACGUAUAUUUCUCAGCUGCGUUCUUCACAAAAUAAUAGAAAAGGGGAAAGGUGGGCCUGCUGAUUUUCCUCUUUUCUUGUCAAAAGGAAAGUAUAUAUAUAUAUAUAUCGUUGUCACAACUACAGCUUUCGUUGCUCGUAUUCUUCUUUGCUUCACGUACGCGCUUUCGCGGAUUAUUAUUAUUUGAGCUGACUUGACUUGUUGCAAUUGUUGUUGUGGUUUUGAAGGUGUUCGGCGUGUUAGUUGAAGGUGCUCGCGUUAAUCCUCUUCGCUUCCUCCCUCCUCUUCUUCUUCGUUGCCGCUUAAGAACUUUUUUUCUGGCUUUCUAUAAGCUGCACCCGAGAGACUCGCGCUCAAACAUUUUAGUAUAGAUAUAUACUAACUGGCAUCGUCCUUGACCUGCUUUUAAAGUGAAGCUUCUGCGUUUGCGUGAAGCUCUACUUCGCAGGACCGCUGCUUGCGCACCCACUCGUUGCCCUUCUCUUCCCUUGCGUGUGUGUGUGUGUGUCUUCGUAUCUUUCGGAAAUCAAGGGAAAACGCGCGGGGAGGAAAAGGCACGUUUGUGUUUAGUCGACGGGUAGCGAAUCAAGAGAUAUAGAUACGAAUAUGAUGUACCAUCGCGCGCUCCGAUUUGUGCCAGUCGCCACAGGACGGAUGGCACGCCCGGUGCACCAACGCACGCUUCACUUUUGUGUCUUGGCGACGUCUGUAGGCCACCAACGGGCUGCGCUCGCCGAGUCGCGGCGCUUCCACGGCGAUCACGGGGAUCGCGAGAAGCCGGUCCAGGUGGAGUUCACGCUGCCAGACGGGGAAGUGAAGACGGUGACGGGCUACGAAGGGCAGACACUUCUCGACGUGUGCGCGGAGCAGGGCUUGCCGAUGGAGGGCGCCUGCGGUGGGUCCUGUGCGUGUUCGACCUGUCAUGUGUAUUUGCAGGAGAAGGCGAUGGACUUGUUUGAGGAGGCGACGGAUGAAGAAAACGACAUGAUUGACCAGGCGUUCUACCCAGAGCCAACCUCACGUCUGGGUUGUCAGCUGCGCCUGAAGAAGGGCGUACAUGAUGGAUUGAAGGUGAAGAUGCCGCGAGCAACGCGUAACAUGUACGUUGACGGCGCUAAGGUGGUCCCGCAUUGA